CAUAGUAUAAAGUCCAGUGUUAUUGUGUGUGCCAUGGACUUUUUCCUAGAACUCAUUGUCAUUUGGCAACCAAACAUCACCCCACAUUAAGAUAGUACAAAACUGAGAAUUAGAGACACGUUUUUGGGUUAAUUGGAUGGCCUUGCUUUAACAUAAAGAUCAAACCGCACUAUCAUGUCCAGCCUUGAAAUUAUUAUCAUACGACAGAGACACACAAAAGCUAGACUUGCUUGCCUGUAGAGUUAUAAAUUAUAAUGCACGCAUUAUGCAUACACUUAAUCUAGUUCUAAGAUGGAAUUGUAUGUCUUCCAGUUCCACUUCAAAGCCAUAUCAAGGCAAUGUUUAAGUUAGCAAAACUCUUCCACCAUAGAGGUUUUCAUGUGACCUUUGUCAACACAGAGUUCAACCACAAGCGCUUUCUUCAAUCUCUUGGACCCAACUCCCUUGAUGGCUUGCCUGAUUUUCGAUUCGAAACCUUUCCAGACGGUCUUCCAGUCAGUUCAGAUGAGGAUACUUCCCAGGACAUCUUUUUGCUUUUUAACUAAGUGCGAGAUAACUUCUUGCCUCUGUUUCUUAACCUCCUAAAAGAACGCAAUGACAGAGCAGCUUCCAGCAAUACCAACCCUCCAGUGACUUGUAUUGUUUCGGAUGGUUUGAUGCCAUUCCCCAUCACAGCUGCCGAAAAACUUGGAAUUCCUAAUGCAAUGUUCUUUACUAUUUCUGCAGGUGGCUUCAUGGGCUCUAAACAAUAUCCUGCUUUGGUGGAGAAAGGACUUACACCACUCAAAGAUGAGAGCUAUUUCACGAAUGGAUUUUUGGACAAGGUGAUUGAUUGGAUUCCAGGAAUGAAAGGUAUCCAUUUACGGGAACUUCUGACAAUGUUUCGCAUUACAAAUCCAGACAACAUCUUUUUUAAGCUCACAGUGGAAACAAUUGAUAGAGUAGAUAAAGCUUCAGCUGUUGUUCUUCUUACAUUUGAUGCAUUGGAACAAGAGAUUCUGGAUGCUCUCUCAUCUAUGCUUAUCCCACCUAUUUAUACAAUUGGUCCUAUUGAAUUACUACUUGUCAAUCAGAUACCAGAAGACCCUUUAAAGUCUUUUGGCUAAAGUCUAUGGAAAGAAGAAACCGAGUGCCUCCAAUGGCUAUCUAAAGAGCCAAACUCAGUUGUUCAUGUGAAUUUUUGCAGUUUAGCGGUCAUGACACCCGAACUUGUUGAGUUUGGUUGGGGACUUGCAAAUACAAAUUAUCCCUUCUUGUGGGUAAUUAGGCCUGAUUUCAUUGUUGGCGAAUCAGCAAUUUUUGCACCUGAGUUUGUGGCUGAAACCAAGGGAAGAGGUGUAAUAGUAAAUUGGUGCCCACGAGAGCAAGUCCUUAACCACCCAUCAGUUGGAGGAGGGUUUAUGACACACAGCAGCUGGAAUUCAACCAUUGAGAGUUUGUCUGCCGGAGUGCCUAUGAUCCGGAGUGCAUAUGAUAUGAGAUAGGACCUAAACUUGCGUUUGAUACGGACCGAAAUGUUGUUUGCAUGUAUGGCCCUCGUUUCAUUUUUCAAUUCAUGUGGCUUUCUUUCUUGCUUUUGAGUGCCUUAUUAGUGAUUGAUUACGUUUGUGUAGUUACGUAUAAGUUACAUAAUUCUAACAAAUAAUGGUGAUCGCAGACAUGGGCUUAGUCAAGUUGGAGAUGUGCUCUCCAUUCUGCACCCGAGUUGGAAUUCUCGUCCCCGUAGUUUAGACUAGAUUAAAGUACAAUAUCAUUUCUAUAAAAUAAAAAUAAAAAUAAUGGUGAUAAUAUAUAGUCAAUGAUAUCUCUUGGUGCUUAUGUUCAAGUUUUGGCUCUAUUAUUUCUAAUAAAAGCAUGUUAUUCACCUGCAGGCUGCAUUAUUGCUAUAUUUUGGCUCAUUGUAGAGCUUCUUUACUGUUUUGGCUCUAUUGAUGUGAAUCUAAUCCCAUAAGGCCUUCAAUGAGAAUACAAAGAAGAAGGAUACUUAAUUCAACUUAACCUGCAGGCUGCAGGAUACAUACCGUUUUAAGAUUCUACGGAGAUUUGAUUUCUACAGAUGUGGACGUGCAGUAGAGAAACAAACAAAUCCAGCCGUCCAUUACUGUCGUAUACCCUGACUCCUUCUAGGCUGCUGGGUCUCAUUUUCAUAAGUCAGACAUGGCAGGAAAAUGUUAUUAGAACUAUAAAGUUUUACUGCAUUGUGUUGUGAGUGCAAAUAUUGUUCAUAUGUGCAUACACUGACUGUACACACAAUCUAAGAUGAGCUCCAUAGAAGUACAGGGCAAUAAGCCUCAUGCUGUAUGCAUUCCCUUUCCAAUUCAAAGCCAUAUAAAGGCAAUGCUGAAAUUAGCAAAGCUCCUACACCAUAGAGGUUUUCAUAUAACCUUUGUUAACACAGAGUUCAACCACCGCCGCUUUCUUAAAUCUCUUGGACCUCACUCCCUCAAUGGCUUGCCUAAUUUUCAAUUCAAAACCAUUCCAGAUGGUCUUCCAGCUUCAGAUGAGGAUGCCGGCCAAAACGCCUAUUUGCUUUGUGAUUCCGUCAGAAAAAAAUUCUUGGCACCAUUUUGUAACCUCCUUUUAAAACUCAAUGACAUGGAAAUUUCUAACAAUAUUAGUAAUCCUCCAGUGACUUGCAUUGUUUCAGAUGGUUUCAUGACUUUCAGCAUCACAGCUGCUGAAGAACUUGGAAUCCCUGUAGCACUGUUCUUUACUAUUGCUGCAAUUGGAUUCAUGGGCUUUAAGCAAUAUCCCACUUUGGUAGAGAAAGGACUUGCGCCACUCAAAGAGGAGAGCUAUUUAACAAAUGGCUUUUUGGACCAGGUCAUAGAUUGGGUUCCCGGAACGAAAGCUAUUCGUUUAAAGGAUCUCCCAAAGUCCUUUCAAACUACAAACCCCAAUGACAUCUUGUUUAAAUUAACCUUGGAAGCAAUGGACAGAGUUGAUAAAGCUUCAGCAGUUGUUCUUCAUACUUUUGAUGAGUUGGAGGCAGAUGUUUUGCAUGCUCUCUCAUCACUGCCUCCACCUGUUUAUACCAUUGGCCCUCUCCAGUUACUACUCAAUCAGAUACCACAACACCCUUUGAAGUCCAUGGGAUAUAGUCUAUGGAAAGAAGAAACUGAAUGGUUCCAGUGGCUCAAUGCUAAGGUGCCAAACUCAGUUGUUUAUGUCAACUUUGGCAGCAUAGUGGUCAUAAAGUCAGAAGAUCUUAUUGAGUUUUGUUGGGGACUUGCAAAUAGCAAGCUUCCCUUCUUCUGGGUAGUUAGACCUGAUCUGUUAGUUGGUGAAUCGGCCAUUUUGCCACCUGAGUUUGUAGCUGAAACUAAGGGAAGAGGUUUGGUAGCAAGCUGGUGCCCACAAGAGCAAGUCCUUAGCCACCCAUCAAUUGGAGGAUUCUUAACACACAGUGGUUGGAACUCAACCAUUGAGAGUCUUUCCGCAGGAGUUCCUAUGCUCUGUUGGCCAUUCUUUGCCGAACAGCGAAUAAAUUGUGUCUAUACUUGCAAUGAAUGGGGCAUUGGCUUGGAGAUCAAUAAUGAUGCCAAGAGAGACCAAGUAGAGAAGCUCAUUAAAGAGUUAGUGGAGGGAGAGAAGGGUAAGAAAAUGAGAACUAAGGCUAUGGAAUGGAAGAAACUAGCAGAGAAGGCCAUCAGUCCUGAUGGUUCUUCAUACGCAAACUUAGACAAUUUAGUGAAUCAAGUUCUAUUAAGAAAAGGCUAGGUGCUUUCCAUAUGAGCCUUCAUAUUAGGUUUGUUGUUGGUCUUAAUAACCUACAAAAUGUAGAGCCUAAAGGCUAUUGAGCCUUGCUAUCAUGUCUAAUUUCUUGCUUUGCUGUAAGCUAGUUCUACAUGGAUCCCAAUCUUCAAAAAAUUUUAGCUUUUUUCUUGUUAUUUUUAAUCCAUUUUAGAUUCUUAGCAAAAGUUGUGGUUGUAUUCUUGCACUCCUAUGAAGGUGAGUAUAUUCCACCAUUAUGGAAAUGUUAUUUGCACAU